ACCUGUCUCCCUGCUCACAGCAGCUGUCGCCCACACAAGCAUCGAGCAUUUGCACUGUACGAAGAGGAGAACUGUGCUGCCAGGUACCGGCACCCCGUCUGUUGGAGGAGGGAGAGGGAGGGCGUUGAAAUCCCGGACUCCUCCGCAAGAGGAGGAAGGACGAGUAGCAUCCCAGAAUGAGUACCGUACCGGCAUUGUCUCACCAGGUGUCAGCAAAAGUUGGUGCUGCCACAAACUAUCUCCUGUCCUCGCCACGCAAAGAGGGGAAGCCAUGCGGAGAGGUUGUGGCCGGACUGAGGAAGCGUAACAAUCGUGACGGUUAUGGUUGCGUGACAGCGUCCGGGUCAAGUGAGAAACUUGGACAGGGGAGCGCGAUCUCAAGCUUGCGUCAUCUCAGCUUUGGGUGCGCGCUUAGGUCUGGGAUUAGCGUUGUGUCGCACAGUGCGACAAGUAGCGGGAGUGCUACGGUGCUCCCAAAUCGGCUGGUAGCGCUGUCUUCUUUGGCCAUGGCGGACGAUAGCGCGGCAGCUCCGGUGACUGGCGGGGUAACCCCUCGUUGUCUGAGGGUCGUUGUGACUGGCGCUGGCGGCAGGACCGGUCGGUUGGUUUAUCAGAAGCUCAAGGAGCGGUCGGGCGAAUUCAGUGCUUCAGGAAUUGUGAGAAGGGAGGAGAGCAAGGAGGUGCUCGGUGCUGCUGCACCGGACUCUGGACACGAUGUGGCAGUUGCGGAUGUCCGCGACCUUUCUACUUUCCAGCGUUGUUUAGAAGGUGGGCUGGAUGCUCUCGUGAUCGUUACAUCCGCAGUGCCGAAGAUGAAGCCAGGGUUCGAUCCUUCGAAAGGAGGCCGGCCCGAAAUGUUCUUUCACGACGGAUUUUAUCCAGAACAGGUCGACUGGAUCGGUCAGAAGAACCAGAUUGACGCAGCGAAAGCGGCAGGUGUGAAACACAUUGUGCUUGUUGGAUCCAUGGGUGGCACGAACAAAGACCACCCUCUCAACAAGCUGGCGAACGGCAACAUUUUGAUUUUCAAACGCCAGGCCGAACAAUACCUUGUUGACUCUGGAGUACCCUACACGAUCAUCCGAGCCGGAGGACUGCUGGACAAAGACGGAGGGAAGAGGCAAUUGCUUUUCUCCAAGGAUGACAAGCUGCUGGAAACGACAACGAGAUCGAUCCCCAGAGCUGAUGUGGCGGAAGUGUGCGUCCAAGCGUUGUUGCAUCCAGAAGCUUUAAACAAGGCUUUUGAUCUUGCUUCGCUUGAUGAAGGGCAAGGGACGCCAACCACGGACUUUGCAGCAGCAUUUGCCCAGACAACUUCAGGAAUGUAGUCAAAUGUAGACGGUAGUCGAGGGGCGGCGGGGCAGAAAUAGAGACUGGAAACAUAUGCGGAAAUGUGAAUACGAGUUGCAUGGCGGGUAAUUUCGUCCAACACGAUGAUGUCGUAGGCAAUGCGAGAAGGGAAGGGUCAAGGAAACCAACAAGGGUCGAAAGAAAACUGCAGGCCCAGGACAGAUCAUCAGUGAGUGCUUGAAGAAGCUAGGGAAUUUCUCAAGGAUAGCAACAACGCUCCAAGUCUUGGACAGGAUAUCAGAGUCAAGAGAGAGAGACACACACAGAAACACACACACACAC